AAAAAUAAUUCAAUUCCGAAAUUUUUGAAAGAUUUCAAGAAUAAAAAGUUACAUUGAACACCAUCUAUGAGAAUAUAUUGUCAACAUCAACCAAACCCAAUGUUGGUAUGACGAAUGGAUUCAGUUGAAAACAAAUGGAGCACUCGUCAGUAGAUUGUUUGAAUACACGUGAAAUAAACUAGUCAGUAGAUUGUUUGAAUACACAUGAAAUAAAAAAUUUUUUUACUUUUUAAGCAACAAUGAACGUUUUCACUAAAUACAGUAAAUAUUUAUUACGUUCAUGUAUCUAUUAUGAGAAGGUUUUUGCUCUAACAUUCACAUGACAUUAUGCAAAAACUAAAUGGAAAGAUGAAGAGCUUGAUUCAAUCUCAAUAGAAGAAACUCCAAAAUAUAUAGACACAAUAUUUGAUGAACAACAACAAGAAAUUUUAAAGAAAAGAAAUAAAUCUCAACUGAAUCCUCAGCAUCAUAAUAUUCUAUUUAAUAGACGACUUUAUAAUCAAAGUAUAGAAGACUUUCAUGAUACUAUAAAAUACAAAAGAAAAUUGCUAAGUAGAUAUGGUAUAAAAUCAUUGGAUAUACCGGCUGGAGCACUCUGGCUUACGGAAGAAGGUAUCGAAGAUAAAAUGGAAUACGAAAGAGCUUACAAUCCACAUACCCUCCAAGAAGGUUGGAAAAUUUUAGAAGAAAAAAGACAAAAUGAAGAAGAAACUAUUCGACUAAGGGAUAAAGAAAUAGGAGAAAAUCUCAAGAAACGUUUCGUCUGGGAGAAAGAGUUGCAAGAUAAAAUAGCCAAGAAAGCAGAAGCAUUACGUGUUGCUCGAGAAAAGAAAUCUCGAUUAAUUGAUGAAGUUUGUCGAAAGUUAGGUUUUGCGGUGAAUCCGCGAGACCCUAAGUUCCAAGAAGCCCUUGAAAAAAUUAACAUUGAUUUAAGAAUCAUUAUGAUAAUGUAGAUGAUAACAAUAUGUAUGAAAAUCAAAUUGUUCUAG